AUGCCUGUUUUAGCUCAUGGUAUUAGAGACGACACAGCUAGUCAAAUGCUAACUCCUCUCCUUCUCCAUCUAGACGACACCCCACUAGGCUUCCACACCCCACUGACUCUUGCUGACCUGGACAGUGAUGAAUUCCAAACUCAUCAUCCCCAGCUACACUGGGUGACAGAUGAUGAGCUAGUAGUGCUAAGUAAAGCAGGGACCAUAAAGAAGUGGCACAUGCCCCAGAAGAACUACACCUUGUUAGCAGAGGACAGAGAUUUGCAUUUCUUGAAAGCCAAGAGGUUCCAAGUGUCCCCUGAUCUCCAGUUCCUGCUUUUGGCUUCUGAUGUACAGCCGGUUUUUCGCUACUCUUUCACUGCUCAGUACUUGAUCUAUAACUUUGGUACCAGAGAAACCAGCCAUCUAGAUGUACCCAGGGCAGACACUACAUAUGUGCAAUACGCAGCUUGGGGAGCUCAAAAUAGUCAGCUGGUGUUUAUCUUAGAGAAUGACAUUUACUAUCAAGCUGAUGUCUCCAGCCAGGCCAAGCGUAUCACCUCAUCUGGACACCAAGGAGAUAUUUUCAAUGGGAUCUCUGACUGGCUGUAUGAAGAGGAGAUUCUGCAGACAAGCAGUGCACACUGGUGUUCACCUGAUGGUUUGCAGCUAGCCUAUCUUACCAUCAACAAUUCCCUGGUGCCCAGAAUGGAACUUCCACAGUAUCUAGGAGGAAACUACCCACCCAGCCGGCUGUAUCCCUACCCAAAGGCUGGCCAGCGCAUUCCAUCAGUUCAACUUUUUGUGGUGAAUCUGUCUGGACCACUUGGCAUGCUGGAGCUGCUUCCUCCUGAAUCCUUCCAGGGCAAAGAGUACUACAUCACCAUGGUAAAAUGGGUGGCACGAUCCCGGCUGGCUGUGCGGUGGUUAAACAGGCCACAGAACAUGUCUGUGUUGAGCUUGUGUGAGGCUACCACAGGGACCUGUGCUGAGAAAUACAAAGUGACCUCAGAUGCUUGGGUGGACAUGCAGCAGGGGAUGCCAGUCUUUUCUGAAGAUGCCGAAACUCUCUUUCUGCCAGUUCCGGUGAAGCAAGGGCCCCAAGGAGAAUUCCACCACGUCACCAUGCUUUCCACACAGCCCAGCCUCAAGGAAAGCAGCGUGCGCCUCCUGACCUCUGGAGACUGGGAUGUGAUCAGGAUCCUGGCAUACCAGGAGCACAGCAAGCAGCUGUACUUCCUUAGUGCUGAAGGUGGUCCGUCCACUAGACACUUGUACAGCAUGGACCUCAUCGGCCCCUUCAGCCGCACCUGUGUGACCUGUGGCUUGCGGCCAGGCUGCUCCUUUGUGGACAUCUCUUUCAGCCCUGGACUGGGACAUUUUGUACUGUUCUGCAAAGGGCCUGGAAUCCCUCAGGUCUCUCUUCAUUCUACAGCUAACCCACAUGACUUUCUUCUCCUAGAAGAGAACCAGCUCUUGCAAGAUAGCCUCAUGCAUAAGGAGACACCCCUAGUAGAACUCCAGACCCUCCGCUUGGCAAGCUAUGACUUGUCAGUGCGUAUGACCUUGCCACCUCCAAACCAGUGUGAUAUCUGUCCAUUGAUACUGAUGCUCCCGGAAACUCCAGGCAGCCAGCAGGCCACAGAGGAAUUCCAUCUUGACUGGGACACUGCUCUCUCCAGCUCUUUGGGGGCUGUGGUGGUUCAGUUUGAUGGCCGAGGCUCUGGAAACCAAGGCCUAAAGCUCCUGCAUGAAGUCAACCACCAGCUGGGCUACUUGGACAUCAAGGACCAUAUCAUGUUGCUGCAGCUGCUACUGCAGCUUCCUUAUGUGGAUCACAGGCGCACAGCAGUCUAUGGAAAGGCCUAUGGGGGCUUUUUAGCACUUAAGCUCCUGGCAGUAGCAGAAGACCUUUUAAAGUGUGGAGCAGCUGUUGCACCCAUCACUAGCUUCCGCUUCCAUGCUGCCACUUUCUCUGAACGCUACUUAGGGAUGCCAGCCCGUGAGGAUGCAGCCUACAUGGUGGCCUCUGUCCUGGAGGAAGCCAUCCGCCUGAAGGACAGGAACUUCUUGCUUGUACAUGGAACUGGAGACGCCACGGUGCAUUUCCAACAUACCGCUGAGCUUCUUAUCCAGCUGUUGGCAGUGGAGUCUAACUACUCUACUCAGAUCUACCCAGAUGAAGGCUACACCUUUUUGGAUACCAGCCAGCGCCACCUCCGCCAGACCCUUUUUUCCUACUUUCAGGACUGCUUCAAGGACUCAAGGCAGGAUCACCUGAUAGCUGAGGAAGAUGAUGACUCAUAGUUCUUUUCCAGUGAGAGAUGUCAAAC